CAUGAGGUCCCAUACUUUACAAGCUGUGACAUCAUCAUUGUGUUCUAGCGUGCUUCAGAGACAGAGGCCUGAACUGCCACAGGUACUUCCUCUGAUCAACUGGACUGCAAAAGUUGGACAAGACUAACAGAACAAAGUGGGGUCGAGGCAGCUGGCUCUCAGGCGUGGACCCAGAGCUUCCUGUUGACAGAACAACGUUUCUCUCGGUUGAGCUCAGCUGGAAUAGAGAUUCUCUGAGUGACUUCCUUAUUCAAGCCGGCAACAAACUCAAAGUUCAUUGUUUUUGGCACCUGGAACUCCAUGCCGAUGCAAGAAUGGCCUCAAACUUGUGCACCUCUCCAACGUAUCUGAAACAAUGAGAGACAAGAGACCAAGUUGGAGAAUCCCCUGUGACCCAGCCACGUCCUGUUAACGUCUGGAGGUGGAGUGGCAAGACCAACUGAAAAUGAGUCAGGAAGAACAAGAAAAACAGGGGACGGGAGUGCGAGACGUCUUUGACAUAUUACUAAAAGCGCCUUCGGAGCGGCUGGUGAGCUUGACUCUUCAGCUGGGUGAGUCUCCUGAGGAUGAUGUCAUACACGUCUUGUGUCUGAUCAUCCUCCAGAGAGAGGAGCGCGUCCUGAACAAACUCCAGAUGCUGAAGGACAAUGGCCUCGCCAAACAUCUGGGCGAAAGGUGGAGAAUGAGUGGAGGUAAAUUAGAAGCUUUUAGGGAUAACUGUGGUGAUUUACAAGAGUUUACAGUAGAAUCUUUGGCCGUGUUGGCUCGAAUUUUUAAGGUUUUGUCGGAGAGGAGUCUUUGCGAUCAGAACCUGAGGAAUUUGGCCUAUCAGAGAGCCGUUUCUGUUGACGGCCAAAAAUAUGACCCACUCAGAGAGGAAGCUAGAAAUGUCUGUGGGCCUCAGUUUGAAGAGUUGAUGUGCUCCUCAAGAGACCUCCUGUCAGGGCCUGAUCCUCAGAGAAACCUGGAUGAAACCUUACAAAUUACGAAUCGGUCAGAGAGAGGUUACAGCCUUGCCAGCCCCCUGGAGGCAGGCUCCUCAAUGCCCUCAUACCCUACUCAUCUAGAAAUUAGUAUCCCCCCAACAGCCCUGUUCGAAGUGGACAAAAUAUCCCCAGAAGCAAUCGAUCAACCCCGACUGAACACUUGUCUCCUUGAACGUGGGCAGUCUCACUCAUCUGAGGAGCUUAAAUCCAAUGAACCAGCUCCGCUUGAAACAAAGAAAGACUCAAAGAUGCACACACCACCCUCAGCACUGUGCAGUAAGUCGGACAUUCCGAUUAUCACUCCAACUCAAGCCACCAAACCAAGCAGCCUACCAAACUGUGAACUACCUACUGCAGCAAACACGUGUGUCCCCAAGGUACCUGUUCGAGACGACCUGCAUGAAAGUGAAGCUGCAGAAGAGGAGGAGGCUAUUUUUUAUGCAUUUGUAAUCCUGCAUUCACCAGAGGACAUAGACGUGGCCGAGAGCAUGAGGGAAAGAAUGGAAACGGUCACUGGCUAUGAAGGUGUGACUUUCUCAGAGUUUGCCAUCCCUGGAAAGAGCACCCUGAGGUGCGUGGAGGACGCUAUCAACAACUCAGCCUUCACCCUGCUGCUUCUCACCCGCAACUUCAACACUCGCAUGUUGCAGACGGAGACAGACACCGCCCUGAUCAACUCCAUCAACAACAAAUACAAGCACAACACGGUUAUCCCUCUGGUGCCACGGGAGAACAGCCUGCCGAGAAAGAGCAUGCCCAUGGUUCUCAACACAAUAGUUCCGCUAGUGGAGAACAGCAGCUUUGACCGAAAGGUGAGACGAUCGUUGACUCCAGCAAACAUUAACAGACAAAAGAGAGUCUGGGAAGAGGGGCAGAAAAUGAAAAGUCAGACGGAGAAACAGGAGGAACUUAGGCGACUAAGUCAGUAUCAAAUGAAGCUGAUCCAACAGUGUAAAGAAUCACAGGCACUGGAGCGAGACAACAUGAAUCUUUUAAUGACACAAAACCUCCUUCUUGGUUCCAGUUUACAGGAAGGGGGCGACUGCAGCGCUCGGUGCCAACAGCAUCCAAACAUCCAUAUUGAGCAUGCUCAAUAUAUAAUGAUCGGUAAUGACUCCCAAAUGACUGUGGAUCACUGUGGAGAUGCAGACAAAGAUGAUACAAUUUCUUCUGAGAAGAAGCAAUAAACUCACAUAGGAACAUACUUAAAAAACACAACAAACCCAGAUAUUCAGUCUAUUUGUGUGUGGAAAAUUAACUAAUUCAUAACAUUUUCUAAAUUAUAAAAUAUUUGAGCUACAACAAACACUAUGAGCUAUUCACUGUAGAUUGUUUUAUUGUAUUUUGACCUGUUUGUUUCACCCACUGCUAAGAUAUGGUACACUGAGACCUUUUUAGAUGAAUGUUUAGCUCAGGACCGCCAUCUAUUGAACAAUAUGUGACAUGCACUUCCUGACCUCCUGAGCUGUAUAGACUCAAUGCAGACACUAGGGUGCAGUGUUGUUACACUUUCUUCGUGGUUCCUUAUCACCCUUCAUAAGUGAAGUGUCAUCCAACAGCAUCACUGCUCUGUUGUCAGAGAGCUACAAGACAUUGAAGAAUAUCUGAAUUUGAAAACGUUCCGUAUGUUGUAUGACGAAAUAUUUCAACAAAAACUGUCCGGAUUUAACAGAUUUAUCUUUUGGAGCAAUUUUCAAAAUAUUUGUCAUUGAUCUUGAUUUUGAUAUCAUCUCAUUUGCACUAUUUUUUUUCCUUGUGUGGCAACACUUUUAUUGUUGUAGUUGCAGGGGAGCAGGCAGCAGGUUGUCACAAAAUCGUUUUAGUGAUUUGUAAGACUUUACCAAUCCGCUCAGGAUCAUGCACGACCACGGCCUAUAUUACCCUCUUCUUCAUCAUCUCUUGUUUUACUGUGUUUAUCAGCUUUCUUUUGCACUUUCAACUGACUUUGAAAGAUGCUUUAUAAUUUUUUUUUUGGUGUACUGUUGUCCACUUUGUGUGAGUGAUAUCUGAAGGUUCUAAAUGUUCCAUACGGCUGCUGAUGGGAUGUACAUGUUGACCCAUGUAUAUGUGUUGUUGUUUUCUCUUUCAAAUACACUCACUGCUAAUCUGGGCUUCAUUCAUUGGUGGAAAAAUAUCUAAAUCCUUCUCUGCAUUGGUAGAAGCUGGAAAAUAUUUCAUUAUGAAUAAAAAUAAUAUAUUCCAUCAAACACUGGUUUAGGUGAGCAAUCAUUUAAAGUAAAAUUUACUUAAUUUCCUCCACCAAUAGGUUAUGUUUUCAUUUGUGUUUGUUUGUUUGUUAGCAGGUUUACGCUAAAGCUGCUGAAUCGAUUCCCAUGACUUGCUGGGGGGGGCAGAUGGUUUCUUUUUUUUCCACUUUCAUUAACAAAGCGAAAUAAGUUUUUUUUGUAUGUUUGUUGAUUUCUCAAUAAAAAUCCAUUUCGUUUCAUAA